AUGGAACAAGAUUUGCCCACCUUCAUCCGCCCUUGCAAACUCCGAGGAAACUCUUCUGCAAGUUCUCGUCCUCUCAUUCCCGGCCCUGCUGGUGUUGUCCAGGCCGCCAUGAUUCAACGCAGCUCCACCACCGACGGACACCUCAUUCCAACCCAACAAUUUGUUAGGCGCGUCGUCGAAGACGGUCACGACACUGAUCCCGAUUUUCACUCCAAUGCUUGGCUUUCAGCCCUGCAAUUAGGCGGAUCUGCAACUCCUCUGGGUUCCAUCACUCACCAUCUAGAAAGGGUCGAUCUCAUCGUCGCAGUUAUCAAAUCAUGCACGCCAAACGGAUUCGGCGAUGUGUCAGUUACCCUGAAGGAUCCUACGGGCACCGUCGGUGCUAGUGUCCAUCACAAGGUUUUCACUGAAAGCGAAUUCGCGAAGGACAUAAAUGUUGGAUCUGUUAUGCUUAUCCAGAAGGUAGCUGUAUUUUCUCCUAGAAAAUCUAAUUGUUACCUGAACAUAACAUUGCCCAACAUAGUUAAGGUAUUCUCCAGUGACUGUGGACCUCCAUCAGAAACAUUCACCGACAUUACAGAAGAUUGA